GUCAAUGUAUUGUAGUUCAGACCGAUAAAUCCGACAAGAUUUUCUAGUCUCUUGGCUACAUUAUACAGUUCCUCAUGAGGUGGUCUUGUAGGUCUUUUGCAGAGGGGAGGACCCACAGGGAGAGCUCUCCGUGUGGUCACAAACUGAUGAAGGUGGUGGUGAGCCUACCUGGCUCGCGUGAUGUCAUUCGAUUGCUGUACAUCCUUCCGUCGGUUGGGUUGGUGUUGCCACCGCAAGGAAGGUCGAAUAGCGAUGAUUCGUGAGCCUAUCAUGCGUAGGAGAGGGGUGUUUUUUGUUUCGUUAUUUUUUAUUGAACACUUCUCGCGCUCGACCUUGGUACACGCAUGCAUACGCUUCAUGUUUUUUUAUUGCCGCACCAGUCUCUCAUGUAGUGAUGAAAGGCGAUGCUUGUCUGUGGUUGACUGAUGACCUCAUCUAGCGAUGAAGGGCUUGCUAGUCUGUGGUUGACUGGUCGCAUCUAGUGAUGAAAGG